CAAAAGAAUAUUUGUUUGUCAAAAUAUAUAACAUGGCUCACCUUGUAUCUUUUGUUACUCUUUUUCUCAUAAUAAUGUGUCCAAUUUCUUCAUCAAUAUCUUGUGAUCAUGUGUACUGGGAUUUUGUAACGUGUCUAAGGUACCUUGCAGGUUAUGAAUCUGACCCCACAACUAGGUGUUGCAAAACUGUAAAAGAACUCAAUAGGGAUGCAAAGCUACAUGCUGCAACUAUUUGUCAAUGUAUUGAGAAUUUGGCAAAUGGUAUAGAUAUCAAUUUUGAUAUCACUCGUAUUGAAGAUCUUCCAAACAAGUGUCAUGAAUCAAAAUCCUUCCCAAUUUCCAAUAGCAUGAAUUGCUCCAAGGCUCACUGAAUGGAGAAGACUUGUUUGGUGGAAAAUGAUUUUGAGCCAAACAUGGAAAUUAAUAACGUAAAUGCAUUUUAUUUUUGUACUUGUUAAAAAAAGUUCUAUAUUAUAUCACGCUAUUGUAAUUUAUCAAAGUUAUUGUAGUUAAAACAUUUUCCGUCUAAA